CACAACCAAAGUGGAAGCUUUAUGGAAAUGAUAGGGAAGUCUGAUUCAGUAAAAUGAAUAUUUUUCAAGACGUGAUUAUUUUCUGUUAACAUGUUCUGUGUACAUUUUUAAAGAAUACUCACGACUGUAGAUUGUUCUCAAUUGGUGUUUGGGGAAAAACUAACUAACUGUGCAAUCAUAUGGCCACAUGCUUGGUCACUGUUCAGCAUUUCACAAUGAACAAACAUCCUAGCAUGUUUUACACAAUGGAAGUCGGCGAUUCGACCUUCACUAUUCUCAAACGAUAUCAGAGUCUCCGCCCCAUUGGUUCUGGAGCCCAAGGCAUAGUAUGUGCUGCCUGUGACAAUCAGACCGGCCAAAUGGUUGCUAUCAAGAAGCUCAGUCGUCCGUUCCAGAAUGUGACUCAUGCAAAACGUGCAUAUAGGGAAUUUGUUCUAAUGAAGUUGGUCAAUCAUAAAAAUAUUAUAGGUUUGUUAAAUGCAUUUACCCCACAAAAAUCUUUAGAAGAAUUCCAAGAUGUCUAUUUGGUGAUGGAGUUAAUGGACGCCAACCUGUGCCAGGUGAUCCAGAUGGAUCUCGAUCAUGAACGGAUGUCGUAUCUCCUCUACCAGAUGCUGUGUGGCAUCAAACACCUGCAUUUAGCAGGAAUCAUACACAGGGAUCUAAAACCAAGCAAUAUUGUUGUAAAAUCAGAUUGUACGUUAAAAAUAUUGGAUUUUGGACUGGCUAGGACAGCUGGUACGGGGUUUAUGAUGACACCAUACGUCGUGACGAGAUACUACAGAGCACCGGAGGUUAUUCUAGGCAUGGGCUACAAGUCGAAUGUUGAUAUAUGGUCUGUGGGUUGCAUAAUGGCUGAAUUGAUACGAGGCACUGUCAUGUUUCCUGGAAGUGACCAUAUAGACCAGUGGAACAAAAUCAUAGAACAACUAGGAACACCGAGGCACGACUUCAUGCUGAGGUUACAACCGACGGUGAGGAACUACGUGGAAAACCGACCAAAACACGCAGGCUCAUCGUUUGACAAACUCUUCCCUGAUGUCCUCUUUCCACCGGAUAGCACAGAGCACCAGGGUCUGAGGGCCAGCAUGGCUCGCGACCUGCUGUCCAGAAUGCUGGUGGUCGACCCUGAACGAAGGAUAUCGGUGGACGACGCACUGAUGCAUGGAUACAUCAAUGUGUGGUAUGAUGAAGGGGAGGUCAAUGCUCCAGCCCCACAAGCAUAUGAUCAUUCGGUUGAUGAAAAAGAACAUUCAGUAGAAGAAUGGAAGGGUUUAUUAUUUGCAGGUUUGAUUUACAAUGAAGUAAUGGAAUAUGAGCUGAGAGAAAGACAGAAAACUAUGCAAAACCAUACGGGUGAGUGAAAUCCAGCACAAGAUGGUGGAAGCAACGACACUGCAGCAACGGAUGGAGUAGCAGGCAGUUCUCCUAGUCAACCCCGUAUCCGAUAGCAGUGUACAUAGGACAAGAGUUUGUAUCAUAUUAGAUGCAUAAUUUAUUGAUUCUCAAGUUAUAUGAGACCUCCGCACUCUGGUUCGCAGGGUUCCGGCAGCUGAUUUCGACAACUGCAUCUUUGUGAAUAAGGAGGCCCGGACAUACAUCGUCUGUGGGGUGAAAUCUUCGAACAUACAUCGUCUGUGGGGUGAAAUCUUCGGACAUGCAUUCGCCUGUGGUAUGAAUCGACUCCGUGUUUUUAAUGCAAUACAAGCUGGAUCACAGUGUGACCAUGAUUGUAUUGAAUUGGAGUGUGUGGUUUACAUUUACUGACGACACAAAACCUGACACCAUCUCUUAUGUCACAAGGCUCAAAACAUAAGGAAUGGAAUUCUGCCAUGUUCAUAUCAAAAGAACAAUUUCUUUUUUUUCUGUUUUUUUCUGUCUCAUAAAAACAAACGGCUGUAGUUGUACCGUGAUUGGGAUGGUCGUCGUUGAACAAAGUCCAAUAUACCAACAAAACCAAGUCAUUUUAAUACCUGCUGUUCACACAAACUGUUGAAUUUUAGACUUCUAUUCACAUUGGUUUUUUGAGUUUGGGUUGGGUGUUUUAUUAUCAUUAUUUUUAUAAUAUUAAUGGAUAAGGUUUGUCUUUGAGAUUAUUUGACUACGGGUCAGAAUUACCAAAUGUUUGACAUCUAAUAGCCAAAGAUUAAUCAAUGUGCUCUAGUGGUGUCCUUAAACAAAACAACCCACUUCAUUUCACAUAUUUUGGAAUUUUCUUUAAUUAUAUAAAAUUUAGUUUUGUCCAAAAAAGUACUGUAAAUCAUGAAAUUAAUGCGAGAAAGAUAUUAAUGCAAAGAAUAUGACAGAUGUUUCGGUGAAAUGAUUAUUUGAUAAUUUUUUCCCCCAGUAUUAUAACGCACCAAGAAUUUAACAACAGGAAAACAAAACAACAAAGUGUAGAUGUGGGUGUGGGUUUUUUUCUUCAAAAAGCACAGCAUGUCAAAAGAAAAUAAAUGUUUUAAUACAAAAAAAGUGAAGCAAAUGAUCUUUGAAUAGCUGUUCCAAUAAAGUAGAUGAUGUGUUAUAUUAGCCCCUUUCUUGUUAUUGCUCUAAAAAGUGGGAGAAUUUACUAUCAACAGGCUAGAUUUUAUGGAUUUAUUUUUUUGUGAAGUGAAACUAAAUUUGUGAAAACAACUUGGCAUAAUUUUUUAAAAGUUUCAAUUGUCAGAAACAUUAAUAAAAAUACACAAUAUUUUCAUUUAACUACCCCAAGCCAACAUCAUGAGACAUUACUUUGAUGAUUUACAGUGGAUCAUUUUCUAUAUUCCUGCAAAAUGAUGUGUUGGAAUUUUUUAAUUAUUACACAACCGCAUUGCUGUGUUUAAAACCACCUGUAUAGUUUGAUAAAAGCAUUAUGUUAAAAUGUAGGGGUGGGGUCAAAACACUUAGAAUGAGUUAGACAGAUCAUAUUUUGAUCACAAAACAGCAAAACCUCAUAUAGCAUUGUCAAAUUAAAAUAUUUUUAAUUACAAAGGUUUAAUUGGUCAACCCGUUUUUGUGAGAUUGGAAUAAAUGUUAAAUUAGCACAUUCAAAAUUAACACAAUUUACAGAAGCUUGCUGAGAUCUUGCUCACUCAGUAGCUGUAUAUGCUAAUCUGUCAUGUUUUUUGUUUUUUUCUUUUGCACCAAUGUAUAGUGGCACUAUAAAAAAAAAAUGUUUACUUUUCUCUGCUGCAGUGUUACUUGUUAGUCUUAGAACAACCUAGAAAAUUAAUAUUAGUAUCUAGAAAUUGGUAACAUUCCUGCUACAAAGCUUACAAACUGAACAGUGACCUGACAAGUUUUUUGUUAGUCAUUGUAUUUGAAAAUUUUAAAAUAAAUUAGAAAAUGAAAUAUCUUUGACAAAAUUACUGUUUAAUUUUACAAAGGACAUAUUAGUUUCAUUCAGGCCCAUUAUUAAAUAUAAAUAUUUCCUGAUUUAUGAUAACAAAUUAUUGACAUUUAUGACAACAGAGUUUUAUCUCUGAAAUUUAUUUGAUAUCCUUAUAAAAAAAAAAGACUGUUGAGCUUUUUAAUGUCAUUCUUUAUCAGAAAUUUAUGAAAUGUUUUUACUGUAUAAAUAUGAUAAAUAACUACAUUGUACUGACUUCCAAAAAUGAAGGCAGAAGCUAUAUCCUAUACCAUGAAAUAAUUGUAUGUACAGCUGAUAAAAAAGCAUUACAUAAGAUCAUCCGUAAUUUGAUAUAAAAAAAGAAAUUUACUAUUCUAAAUUUACUAAGUCUAGAUUUUGAGGCACUGUUACUUGCAUAUUGUUGCUCAAAAGCAUAUGACUUUUAUCAUUUGUAUGGCAUACAAGCUCAGAAUGUGACUAACCCAAAGUUAAGAAUGCUUCUGUGAAAUUAAACCAGCUGAUUAUGUCAAGUUAACCUGCAAUUGCUAUGUACAUGUAUAUGGCAAGAUGGGAUAACCACGGUAAUUUUUUUUUUAGACAUUUCUGGUCAGUGACCAAAAUGAUAGUAAUGUGACAGAAGCUGACUUGACUUACUGAUUUCGGAUUAAAUUUCAUGUACGCAGGCCAUUAUAUUUUGUAUUGAUAGUUUCAGUAUGAGUCAAUAACAGAACAUAAAUAUUUAUGGAUUAGAGAUUAAAAACCUUAUAGGCAUGAUAAAAUGUAGUGUCUUAAAAAGAAUGAUUAUAUGGGCGGGUUUUUUUUAUAAUGUCUUUCUGAAAAAGACGGUUUGCUUAAAUUGAUUGUGCAUCUUUUAUGGAGUAAAAUUUUAAAUAAUGUUUUGCAGGAUAAGGUAACCAGCUAUCCUUUUAAUUUUUACUGUUUGAAUCAUGUACUAAUUCUGUUUCGUCAAAAUAAUUAAUAAAAAUUUAUAUACCUGUAUGUAUAGUAAUUAGUAUUUGUAUCUUAAGAUUCCAGUGGGAUUUUUAAUGUAAUUUUUAAGUUUUGUUUUUAAUUGAUAUGAAACCUGUUUUUAUUAGUUGUUAUUAUUCUACUUUGAAAAUUUUAAAAAUGUCUCUGAGCAAUUUUUAGCCUUAUUGAAAUAAGACUUUGGGAAGGAACAUUCUUUAAAUAAAAUUUAACUACUUAUAAAAUGGAAGUAAUCUGACAAAACAUUAGAAUGCCUUCUUUUCUUUUCUUUUUUAAUGUCUUUUACGACUAAAUAUUUUGGGGAAUAUGUAUUUAUGAAUGUCUUCAACUGUAUUAUUUGUAUACCUUUAGAAUAUCUGCUAUGUUAGAAAUUUACACAAUUUGUUAUAGUUUAUCACAAGUGCAUGUUUUUCUAAAAUAUUAAGAAAGAUUAUGAAAAUGAUUUCCUUUUAAUACAUAACCUGACCUCUCUACUUAAAUGCAUUGAAAAAGAAUAUCCAGAACAUAAUAGCCAACGAUUGGCUGUUGAUACAUUCAGACUAGUCCAUUGUUUUGGGGGGGGGGGGGGGGGGGGGGGGGCAGAUGCACAUAAGUAGGAAGCUCACUUUAAGUAUUCAUGAAAAGAGAAAACAUUCAAAGAAUUGUUUUUUUCAUACUAAUAGCAUACAGAUUUCUAUAGAUUUUCAGUAUAUUUGUAGAUCACACACACACACCACCACCACCACCAACACUACCAACACCAACACAACAAAAUAGGUAUAAUUUGGUCAGUGCAGAACUUCUUUUUAAAAAUCAACAAAACCAAUGUUUACAGUUGUAUUGAGUUAAAUGAGAAUACUGAUUGGUUUUGAUCAUUCCAUAAUUAUAUUUUAACCACUUUUAUAGCUUAGGAAACAAUAAUUCAAAAUAAUUGUUAAUACAUAUUAUAUGAAUGGGUGUCCAAACCAAAAAAAUGGCAUCUGAUCUCUGUUUUUAGGUAUGUCACUCCAAAACCAAGACUACAUUUUUGAAAAUAUUUUAUUUAUAUGUCAGAAUGCAUUUUUGAAAAAUAUAUAUUAUAAUAAUUCUGAGUGUCUCCAUCCAGUUUACUCAUCUCGUUGAUGUAUGUAUGUUUUAUUUUACUUAAUGUUUCUCAGUUCAAUACCAAUAUUAUAAUUUACAGUUAAAUUUGUUUACAAAGACCACCUAAAGAAUCUGUAGAAAUAACAAGUAAGAAAUAAUCUAUUUUAACUGAUUUUUUCAAACUGGAUUUUUUAUAGUAGGCAAUAAAUAACCUAAAAAUUGUAUACACGGGUUCAUGUUAUUGUGUUUGUUAUAGCAACCUCACUCGUGCGAUAACAAUAACAUCUAAAAAUUGGGUGGUGCGUUUUUAUUGAAGUUUAGGAUUUGUUUUGUAUUUAUUUAUUUUUAAUUGAAGGCAAUACUGAGAAAGCUUAGUUACAGACAGAUAUAUAUGUUAAACAGGUGUGCUUUAUAUAGGCUUGACUGUAUCUGAUGUUACAUGCUCAGACAAUGUAAUACCUGUCUAUUAUUCUUCAGUUCUGUUAAAACUGGUCUCAGCCAUUGAGUGUUCAAGGAUUCCUUUUGCAAGUAACACACAUGUAAACAAAAAAACAUUGAUUCAAGCUGCUGAUGUCAAGUGUUAGAAAUACAGAAUGGAUUUUCAGUAAAUGUCUUAGGUAUCUAGGAUGUAAACAUAUCGUUUUUGAUAUUACCGAAUUAAUUUUUUUUUUAAUUUUUUUUUUAAAUGUACUUGAUUAUAGAUAGAAGUUUGUGAUUACAUGGAGUUGGGGGUGGUUCAAAAUCACAGUUUAAUUUUCAUAUAAUCAAAACGUACAAUUUAAUUUUUAAAAAUUCACAGCAAAAAAAAAAAAUACCAUUGAAAUUUUUUUUUUUUAAAUAUCGUCAAAGGCAAAAAACUCCACGGCAUUGCCGAUUGCCAUUGGCAAUUGCAGGGGUUGUAUAAUACAAGCAAAAUAUUGGGAACUUAAACCGUACGGAAUGAAUUGGUCAUUGGUAUGUCAAUGAUCAAAUGGUUAAAAAAUCAAUGAACUAUUCCAUGCAAAUUUAGAAUUGUGUAUAAUUGCAUCUUGGCCCAGUAAAACCAUUGGUUAAUAAACAUGUUUAUUUAUUUAUAAUAGUUUAUUUAUUAUUGCUUGUUUGUUUUGUUUUUUUAACCCUGUUUCUGUAUUUAAUUUUUAUGUAUAAACACAUUUUGUAAAAAGGUUUUUAUGGCAUUACAAAACUAAUUAAACAUGUACAGUUGUAUUGAAGUUCAUUUUCUGUAUAACUCUAAGAAUAGCAUUAUGACAUGUUAAAAUCUUAGAACGGGGUGGUUGUUAUUGUUAGUGUUAUAAAAUGGAUACAUCAGGAGUUUUAUGAUGGCUUUUUAAUCUACCAGAAGAUAUAAUUUAUUAAUUUUAUGUAGCUUCAAAAAUGUAUUUGUAUAUUUAAGCUAUUAAAUAUUUCCUGUUUAUAAAAACAUAAAUAUCAUUGGGAAAUGGUUCAGGAAAGUAUUUGGAAGAUAUGCAAAUUUGUAUUACUUCAGAUUAAUAUUUUAAGGAAAACACAUGGAAUUGUGUAUUAAAAGAUUAUUUAGUUUACAUUUCACUUUAUUGCAGUUACCAAAUAAAAGUAUUAGAUGCAAUUUUAAUAUCAUUAAUUCUCUGUUACUUUCUUAGUUAUUACAGAUUAGCAAUAACUUUAUCAUUGAGUGGCGGUUCCUAAAGUAAACAGUGUUGUUACUGAUUUUAAAAAGUAUAUAAAACCAUAGUAAAAUAAAACCAAUUGAAUUAGGGCACUUAUAGUAAGAGAACAUUAUUAAGGCAAUUUUUUUUAAGUGUUACGAAUCAAUACUUUGUACAGUCAAAAGUAAAAGUGUUGCUACAGCUUGUCAAAAGGUGAAAAUAAUAUACUAUAUUGUAAAACUUGCGGACAAAGAUGCGCAAGAUGUAUCUUGGAUGUCAUGUUAAUACCUGUACAUUGUUUUAUUUAUGAGACUAUUAAUGACAAAAAUAAAUAAAAAUUAGGUAUUUUAGGCAGAUCAGAUGCAUUUUAAAAAUAUCAGAUUUGAUAUUUUUUGGAAUUUUUUUCAGAGCUAUAGAAUGAUGUUAUUUUAUCACUGGUACUUGUACCAGACAACUGUGAUGUAUUGGAUGUUUUUAUUGUUAUAAAUAUUGGCAAGGUUGUAAGUAUACUGUAUGCCAGUACAGGUAGUCGUAUGAAUUUUAUGUAUUAUAAUUGGCAAUAAUUGUAUAUUUUUGAAUCCAUCAUCAUCUUCAUCAUAAUUGUUGAUGUCUAUUUUUUCGGGGUGCUAGUCACUGUGUAUUUGUCCAGUCUAUCCUGUUUGUUUUUCAUCACUCAUUAUGUUUGCGAGUGUGUGCAUGUGCGUGCGUGUGUGUGUUUGUGUCUUUAUUAUGUUAAAGCUUUAUUCUAUAUACUUGUCUAGACGUUUAUUCUCUAAACCAUUGUCUAGAUUUCAUUGUGUUCUUCAUUUUAAAGCGGUGCUGUUUUAUGAACGCUGUUUGAGAGAGGUGCCAAGUUCUGUGAGAGUGAAACAACACAUUAAUUAGGCCAUGUGUAAUUACAUGCUUGUCUUGGGUCCUGCACAUACAUCUACUUUGCUUCCGAAGUGCUAAUUCUUCAGUGAGUAGCACGUCCAUUUUAUGCAAUUUGUAGUCAAAGAAUUGACUGGAACAGACUAACCAAUCCCUCCGAAUACAUGCAGCAUGGGUAUUGAAGUGUAAAGACCAAAAAUUGUGUGUUGGACCCAAAACAUAGAAUUAAUUCACAUGGCCAAACUAUGAUCAUACCAGUACAGCAAAAACUAAUUUUGGAAAAAGCAGAGCGGUUAGCAAACAGGAUUCUUUUCAUAUGAAAUGUUCAAUGAUAUUGAUAAUUUACCCGCCCACUAAUAUUAUAAAUAUUAUUGCUGGUAAAAGUACAUAACAUAUAUAUUGUAUUUAAGUAUAUAUUCAUGCCAUAAGCACCUAAUGCUUUAAAGACCAGUGCUGCUGCAACAUAGUCAGUUAUUUUACAACUUGGUCAUUGGGUAGGCUUUUGUUUCUUUUUCUUUCUUUUUUAUUAUUACCCCAAAUUACUAAGCAUGUGUGGGCAAUUUUUAUGAAUUUUUAAUUCACUUUUGAAUUGUAGUAUACAAUUUAUUGUCAGGCUAAAAAUGUUUUAAAGUUUUUCAAGAAGGAGCAAGUUCAUUAUUUGAAAUGGAUAACUACAGUAGUAUGACCAAGAAUGUAAAUACAAAUAAGUUUUGCUUUAGAACCUUGCAAUGUGUUAAUUAAAAUGUGUGAUGCAAGAAUGAUGUCAUAAUAUUUCAUUUAUACUGUUUUAUUUACUUACUAAUUAGGCCAUAAUAUAUUAAAUGCCUUUUUUUUUUAUCCCUUUUCUUUUUUUUUUGAAAUAAUGCACAUCGAAGGUAUAUAUUUUAUGCAGUGGUGUGCCUAGGGGAUGGCAUGUAUGGCACGUGCCCUUGGCGCUACAUGCAGAGGGCAUCACUGAGCAGUUUCUAUGAAAGUCAGACAAGCCAUCCUCGGAUGGUGAAAAACUAAUUUUCUUCAGAUGUAUGAAGAUCUGUCUUUGAUUGUCAUAAUUAUUAGUCUAAAUAAUAAACAAAAAUAAUAAAUACUUUUUUCAAUCGUUAAAUGCCAAAUUAGUUUCCUUGACAAUCAGUUGAAAUUUUUAAUUGCAGGUUAAUUUUUAUUUCUAAAAGAUGGGUGUCAGAUGUUUGGACAGGGAUGCAAUUUUAGUGUUUCUCAUAGGCGCUAUUUCCCUUAAAUACGCCACUGAUUUUAUGGCCAAUUUUAUUAUUAUUUUAAUUUUUUUGCCAAUUAAACAAAAAUAACAACUCAAUAGGGAACAAACCUUUAUCUUCGGAGCUGGUGGAGAUGAAAAUCAAGGAUUUAAUUUAUUAUGGCCUUAGAUAUAUAAUUAUGCUACAUUCAUGACACAAAGUUGUAGUGUUUGAGGAGAUUGCUGUGUAAUAUAAGAAUAUAGCUUUUGUUUGGCAAUUGUUAAUACAUGUAAUAUGAAUUGAAGUAAAGUACAAGGAAAGGUGUAAGGCCAAUACACAGACUUCUCUUUCAUUAAUCACUAAAACUAUCCAGUAAUCACUGUCCUGGACUAAUAGAAGAGGUGUAAGGGCCAAUACACAGACACUUCUUUCAUUAAUCACUGAAGCUAUCCAGUAAUCACUGUUCUGGACUAAUAGAAGAGGUGUAAGGCCAAUACACAGACACUUCUUUCAUUAAUCACUGAAGCUAUCCAGUAAUCACUGUCCUGGACUAAUAGAAGAGGUGUAAGGCCAAUACACAGACACUUCUUUCAUUAAUCACUGAAGCUAUCCAGUAAUCACUGUCCUGGACUAAUAGAAGAGGUGUAAGGCCAAUACACAGACACUUCUUUCAUUAAUCACUGAAGCUAUCCAGUAAUCACUGUUCUGGACUAAUAGAAGAGGUGUAAGGCCAAUACACAGACACUUCUUUCAUUAAUCUCUGAAGCUAUCCAGAAUCACUGUCGUGGACAGAGUCCAGAAGGCCGAAGUGUGUGUGUGUGCCCAUGACCACGUGCUUGAAUGUUAAUUGAAUAUAAACACAAAAAUCAAUUAAAAUUAAAUAAAAGGACCUUUAAGCCAACCUUUGAAGAAAUGGGCUAAAGAUAUUAAAAAUGAAGGAUUUAUUAUUACAAAAUGUAUCUUACGAGUUCUUAUCAUUGUUAUUAAUAGUGGUCGUGUGACAUGAUGCCAGUCUUUUUUAAGGCUAUGGUUCAUUGAAAUUAUAGCUUGUAAUUUUUCUAAGUAGUCAAGCUGGAGGUACUUAUAACAAUGUAAAUAGUACCAAAGACACAGGAAUUGUCAUGUUUUUUUCAGUAUUUAACAAUUCCAUGAAAUUCUCACAGUAUGACUUGUGGUAAUGAUUUGUUGCUUACACUUCAUUUACAGUGAAGUCAUAGAAAAUAGUGUUUUCUUACUUCAAUUCCAUCACAUGCAACUUUAAUUUUUUCAACAAUUACAUCAUUCUUGCAAUGCAGACCACACAGCACAAAUUAUGACUGUAAGUUGCACUAUGAGAAAGCAUGUCAUACCUUUUUUUGUUCUUUUUUUGUUUGUUUUUGUUUUUGUUUCUUUUUUUGUUCCUUUAUUAUGUACAGAUUAAAGUGAACAUUUGAAAUGAAAUCGGUCCUGUUUGUUCACAGGCCAUUACCUUUUAUUUGUUUUGUUUUUCAGAAAUACUUCAUAUAUUUGAUUACUUCAUGUACAUUAUUUAAAAAAUGAAAUGUUAAAAUGUCAGUCUCCUAAAAAAAUAUUGCCUUUUAGGUUGAUCACAGUGUUAAAUUAAAAAAAAGAAAAAAAGAUCUUGGUUAGUGUUUUGAAGACGUAGUUUAUAAUACAGCAAGAAAUAAAAUCUAACAUGCAAA